CUCAUCUACACUUCAACUACACCUGUCCCUUUCGCCAUCUUGUGUUGCCGCUCAGCUUUGAUCACACUUCAAACUCUUCCUUGAACCAUAAAGGUCUCCCCUAAGCUGAGCGGCGGCCGGCCGAAGACGUGCUGAAUAUCAUGGCGAAGAACGCCUUGGACCGUGAGAUCAUUGAUCUUGCAAGAACGCUGCAAGGCACGCCAUGGUGUGACGAGUACGAAAAGAUGAUCUCGGGCAUGAUGUAUAACCCUGUUCAUCCCAAACUACUGGAAGGCCGCCAUCGCGCGAGAUGCCUAGCUCACAAAUUCAACAACCUGGAUCCCAACUCGGAGCCAUUUGAACAGUUCCAAAAGACGCAAUGCGCCUUGCUUGAAGGCAUGGUGGGGAAGAUUGGGUCAGGAUCCUUCGUUUAGCCGCCCUUCAUCCCUGAUUAUGGCUGCAAUACUAUUAUUGGAGAUGCCUGCUUCAUCAACUUCAAGUAGUUCCCCUCUUCGACCCGUGUUCUA